AUGUUGUCUAAGAAAGCUAGUUGUGAGUCACACGGCCAAGACUCUUCCUACUUCUUGGGGUGGCAGGAAUAUGAGAAGAAUUCUUACCAUGAAGUUCAAAAUACCACCGGAAUCAUUCAAAUGGGACUCGCAGAAAAUCAGCUUUCGUUUGAUCUUCUGGAGUCAUGGCUUGAAAGCAAUUCUGAUGUGCUGGCGUUGAAGCGAAAGGGAAGAUCUGUAUUCAGAGAACUGGCUCUCUUCCAAGACUACCAUGGCUUUCCCGAUUUCAAGAAUAGAUUGGUGGAGUUUAUGGCAAAAUUAAGAGGCUUUAAAGUAGCUUUUGACCCUAACAAGCUCGUGCUUACCGCCGGCGCAACUUCUGCCAAUGAGAUUCUAAUGUUCUGCCUCGCUGAACCCGGUGAAGCUUUCCUUCUUCCUACCCCAUACUACCCAGGGUUUGAUAGAGACCUCAAGUGGCGUACUGGAGUUGAAAUUGUUCCAAUACAUUGCACGAGUGCGAAUGACUUCAGAAUUACUGCGUGCGCACUGGAGAAUGCUUAUCAACAAGCCCAAAAACUCAAUUUAAAGGUUAAAGGGGUGUUGGUGACGAAUCCUUCAAACCCUUUGGGCACGACAAUGAACCGGGAAGAACUUAGCCAUCUUAUUGAUUUUGCUAUCACUAAAAAAAUCCAUGUAAUAAGUGAUGAGAUUUACUCAGGAACAGUUUUUGACUCCCCCUCCUUUACAAGCAUUUCAGAAGCUUUGAUGGAGGCAAGUAGUGAUGACGCUGACGUGUGUAACCGCAUUCACAUUGUUUACAGCCUCUCGAAGGAUCUUGGUUUGCCGGGAUUUCGGGUGGGCAUGAUUUACUCCUACAAUGAAACAGUUGUUGCCGCAGCUACAAAGAUGUCAAGCUUUGGACUUGUUUCUUCUCAAACUCAGUAUUUGCUCUCCAACAUACUCUCCGACAAGAAAUUCACUGGAAAAUAUAUAAAGGAGAAUCAAAGGAGGAUCAGAGGAAGGAAGGAAAUGCUUGUUGCCGGCCUUCGUGGUGCGGGUAUUAAGUGCUUGAAGAGCAAUGCCGGUUUGUUUUGCUGGGUGGACAUGAGGCACCUGUUAAGCUCCGACACGUUUGAAGCAGAGAAAGAGCUUUGGAAGAGGAUUCUUUUCGGAUUCGGGUUGAACAUCUCUCCCGGAUCUUCCUGCCAUUGCUCCGAGCCGGGUUGGUUCAGAAUGUGUUUUGCAAACAUAUCCCAAGAAACAUUGAGGGUGGCAUUGCGACGCGUCGAGGCCUUGGUAGAAUCCAUGGAUUCUACCAAGGCCUCGACGCUUCGCAAUGCCACUUCAACCACCUCCGGCGCCGGCGGAGAUAAUUUCAACCACCACCACCACCGGCGAACCGUUCGGAACUCGAGAAGAAGCUGGUCACUUUCCAAGUGGGUCUUGCCUUCACCAUACGAUGAUCACGAAACAGCCGACCGUUAG